AUGUCCACCCCAAAACCGGUCACUCCUGAAAUAUCCCCCAUCGAAGCGCUUGAGGCGCUCCAAUUCCUCCUAAAACAAGCCGCGACAUGGGGCCCAGGCGAAUCCCACCUGAAGUACAAAGAACUUUUGGCUUUUUUGUCUAGGUUCGUUCGCCACAGUAUAGGAACCCAUUACGAUACGUCGCGAUUGGGAAAGUCCGUCAAGGCAUGGUUUCGCUUUCUCAACGCCGGGGACGCUGUCCUCCGAGAACCUAGCCUUCUCGAAGUCACCAUGUUUCAUCAGAAGCCUUACAUCAAGUCGACCCCGCCCGACGUGGAUAUUGACGACAUCUUAAAACGCUACAACAGCAUUCAAUCCCAAAAGGAACCGCCGGUCAAGGGACCGUCGCAACAGGCCAAGAAUGCCAAGGAGCAGGAGAGAAAGGAUGAUAAGCCUGGCCCGUCUACAGAUACGGCGCCGCAUUCCCGACCAAGCAAGCGUAAGGCCCAUCCCGCAGAGGACGUUUCCGCCAAACCGUCCGCCCCCGUCGAGCCGCCCGGUAAAUCAGACGCGAAAGUCAAGAGGAGAAAAGUGGGGGAUACAGAUAGCGUGUCGAAAUCCGACAAGAAGAGGCCUCUUUCCACAAUCGAAGAAGACAGUGAAGCGGACUCAACCGUCCAACCCGAAGCCACCGCCCCUAAGCGCCGCCGCCGACGAAAGAAUGCGCCCAGGCGCGAGAUGCCGGAUGGAUUUUACGACGCGCCCGAGCCUUGCGCCCCCUGUGUCGAAAGCGAUCAACCUUGUUGGAUCCGGCGCCCCAAUAUCGGAUGUUACCGGUGCAAGGACUUGUUGAAGAGAGGUCGGUGUCCACUAUCUGGAACGCAUCGGACACGUGUGGCCGACACAGAGGCCGCUCUCAAGCAAGAACAAGCCGCGCCGCAGGUCGACGCAACACCCCGAGCUGAAGAUGUUACUCCCGCUGUGAAUCCCUUAAACGAGUCGCGCAAAAAUCAAGACAUUCCGAAGAUCAGCGGUACUGACCACGAUAGCCGCCGGCUUUCGCCUCAGCCAGCCAAGGCCGAUAUCCCCGCAAAACCGAAAGGGUUGCCCCCAAGCAUCUCCCAGGCCACUAUCCCGAGCCGUGACGUCACAGGCCAGUCCACCGCUGUCGCUGAUCGACCUCCACCUGCCAGUACACCAGUCGGUCCAACAGAAGGCGAUGUCGACGCCGCCACAUCUUCUGGAUCGAAACAACAAGCAACUCGCCGAGUCCGACCCGCCUCUCCCACCGAAUUGCUGACCGACUCUGCUCUCCACGAUCUCAAUGUCCUUGGAAAUCGCGUUUUCCAAGUUGAAUCUUCAACGGUCGAAAACCAGGCUACCUUGGGAGCGCUCGAGAGAUUCGUGGAGGCCCAUUGCGACGACGCUACCAAGCUGGUGAAUCACGAACGCCGAAUCGCCCAGUUGGAGUCGGGCCUGGCAGAGGCUACCAAAACGUUGGCUUCCUAUCGCCAGGAGCUCGACGAUGCGAACUCGCGUGUCAGGGACCAGUCAACGAUCAUUAGCCAGUAUCGUACUGGCCUCAACCUGAUGCUGAACGCCCUCCAUGCCGCUGUCAUGCCGCCUCGCUGCGCUCAUGGCGUCGACCCCUCGGCCCCGCUGACCCACGUUAAUCCCAAGCACGUCGAUCUUGGCAACCCCUCUGUGUCAGCCGCUAUUCCUAGGCGGCAUGUGGACGCCAUUUCCUUGUCGUCUGGUGUUGACUCGCACCCAGCUAGUCCCAGGACUGGUACCCACCUCGAUGCUCUUAUUCCAAUGCUCUCACAGGUUCAAGCUAAUCUCAUCGACCUCCCACCCCAUCUUCAAAGCCCCAACCUCAACGCCAGGGCAUUUCGACAAAAUGCUGCUCAACUCGGGAUAUCAAGUGAUCAGCUCUCCGGCGCUUUCUAUACCAACGGCCACAACGUAUGCGAUCGCCCAGAGGAGUGGGGAAUUCAGGGAAGUAAAACACGGCCCCAAUCCUCUCGUCAAAGCGAUCGUUCCAACACCUCCAACACGACUAGUCACCCCGACCCCCUUCUCGCUGCCAACCGUGCUGUUAGAGACGACGACAAACCACCCAGCGGUCCCCCCGAUCCGUCCUUUCGACCCCAAGUCGUCGAUAAGCCGGCAUCAGCUACCGGUAGUCUCGCGCAGCGUUCCAACACCUCCAACACGUCCACUCCCAGUCACCCCGACAUCCUUCAUGCUCCCAACCGAACUGUUCCAGACAGCGGUUCCCCCGAUCCGUCCUUUCGACACCACGUCGUCGAUAAGCCGGCAUCAACUACCGGUAGUCUCGCGGAGCCGAGUGCCAGCCUCAACCCAGAUGUCUCCUUUCCAAACGCCGCCGGCAGCACAGCCAUUCACCCCGGUGUACCCUUCUCGCCCCCCAACGACAACCCCUCCUCUCCAAGGCAGUCCCCUUCCCCCACUGGAGGGCAUACGACUUCCACUGCCAACUCCCCCACACCAUCCAGACCUGCCUCCGAAGAUUCGAAGCCAUUGCGCGAAGACAUCUUCAAGAACCAAGACGGACCCACCCCCGCCGCCGCAGUCCCAUCUGACGACGUCUCCGAGAGCCAAGGACGAUCAACCCCCAUCGCCGAACAGCCAUCUGACGACGUCUCCAAGAUUGAAGAAGGAUCCAGUGCCGCCGCUGAACAGCCAUCUCACUCCGAGCGAUCCACCCACAACCACCAAGGCGGAGAUCGAGGACCUACUGGGAAAAAUUCAGAAGUUCGAUUGGACGUUGAUCCGGGCGCAAUUAUUGGAGGAGGAAGAGUGGGACCGUAUACGAGAGGCAUGUCUCGUCGAUCCGUAGAACCGUCCGCCGACACGGCCAGCUCCCAACCGUAUCCGUGCUCAAAGGUUCGCAGCACUCUCAAAAAGUAA